GCGGCGGCUGCGGCGGUCAUCAUGCAGCCUAACCUGCACGUGACCUGCCGCCAUUCGGCUUUCGCCAGCCUUCGCGCGUUGUCGCGUUCGGUCGGGUUCUACGUUCAGCAUUGCCAUGAAAAAUCCCUCGCGAGAGGUUUUCUCGUCGACGCUUCGUUCGUUAUUUUUCUUUCUCGUACCAGAGUACUUUGCUCAUGUUUUCUCACGCUCAACAAAUGGUGACUUGCCACUGUUCUUUGUAAAAUCCCCCGAUGUCACGUAAUCGGUCGGGUUCCUAAAUAUUUUGGUCUCGUUUGGUAGCGCAGUAUAACGUGUUUCAUUCUUUCGUUUCUGCAACGUUUUUACGAAUUCGUAAAUCAAUUUCUUCCCUGGAAUUCGUCAGGACGUAGAUAUUUCUUCGCCUCACCUCGAUCGAUAGCUACGGUAAUAAAAACGCGUGGAAACCGGUAGUACCGUUCUCCACAAAAAGGUUACGGUUAGGCUUGGCUUCGAAAGGUAACAAAAAAAAAAAGAUCAUGACCUUUCACGGCCGGUACACGCCCGCAGAAACAAAAUAUGCUGGAAAAGGAAAGGAGAAUUGUCAGCGAAGCUGGAAGGGCGAGAGGGGUCGAUAAGAGAAAACGAGCUGAACAUGCUACGUGGAACAGUGAAAGCGAAAGCAUAUGCUCUAUCUAUGGAUUUGGUUAAGUUACAUAUCCCGAUUGGAUACCUGUUGCUCGGCCCCGUUCCAGUUUAUCGUAACACGAGUAGAACGCAAACAUAGUUGUUCGGUCUGUUUACUCUUUGAUGAUAACGCGAUAAGUCGAUUCUUAAUUAGUACAAUCGUGCCUGUCAAACGGGAAAAUGAAGUCCGUGCAGAGGAGGCUGGCUGAUUGCGGCCAGGAUCAUUUGUUGAGAUUUUGGGAUCAACUGUCGGAAGACGAGAGGACGAAACUGCAUCGUGACAUCUCGGAGUUGGACCUUGAGGAAGUAACGUCGUAUUUUGAAAGAGCAUUGCACAGUUCCGACGUGUCUCAGAAAACAUUAGACGACGAAAUAUCACCGAUUCCUACGGGGAACAUUGCCUCGGUCAAGACCGUGGACGAGGAACAGAUAAGGUUGUAUGAGAAACUGGGAUUUGAGGAGAUAGCUGAUGGGAAGGCAGCUGUGUUAGUGUUGGCUGGUGGCCAGGGCACCAGACUGGGUGUUCCCUAUCCUAAAGGGAUGUACAACGUCGAUCUCCCUUCGGGCAAGUCGUUGUUUCAGUUGCAGGCUGAAAGAAUACUUCGUUUACAAAAUAUGGCUGAGAAGAAGUAUGGGAAGAAGGGAGAGAUUACAUGGUACAUAUUGACCAGCGAAGCUACUCACGAUACGACCACAGAUUACCUACGUACGCAUAAUUACUUCAACUUAAAAGAGGAGAAUGUUAAAGCCUUUAAGCAAGGCAUGCUACCCUGCUUUACUUUCGAUGGGAAAAUCAUUCUUGAUCAGAAGUACAAGAUUGCUAAGGCACCGGAUGGAAAUGGGGGGUUGUACAGAGCCCUGUUCGUACAAGGAAUAUUGGACGAUAUGAUGAAACGUGGAAUUCGCAGCGUUCACGUUCAUUCCGUUGACAACAUCUUGAUAAAAGUGGCGGAUCCUAUUUUUAUCGGAUACUGCUUAUCAACGUCCGCCGAUUGCGGAGUUAAAGUGAUUGAAAAAUCAUCUCCGGACGAGCCGGUGGGAGUAGUGUGCCGAGUAAACGAUAUUUAUCAGGUAGUCGAGUACAGCGAGAUUACGAAAAAGACAGCCGAGCUGCGGUCCGACGACGGCCAAUUGAUAUACAACGCCGCGAACAUAUGCAAUCAUUACUUCACCGUAGAUUUUCUCCGUAAUAUUGCGAAGAAUCACGAGCACGAAUUGAAGCUCCAUGUCGCUAAAAAGAAGAUCCCGUUCGUCGACGACGAUGGAAACAGAAUCGUGCCAAAAUCACCGAACGGUAUUAAAAUAGAGAAGUUCGUGUUCGACGUUUUCAAGUUCGCCAAACGGUUGACUGUUUGGCAGGGAUCUCGCAAGGAUGAUUUCAGUCCCUUAAAAAAUGCGGAUACGAGCGGAGAGGACUGUCCAUGUACUGCGCGAAGAGACGUACUUGAGCUUCAUAAGAAAUGGCUUUUGAACGCCGGGGCGUUCGUGAAAGGCGACGUAGAAAUAUCUCCUCUGGUGUCGUACGCGGGAGAGGAUUUGGAUCACGUGAAAGGUCAAACGUUCGAAGGACGUUAUGUAUUGGAAUAAUGAGAUAGUUCUGCUAGCUUCUUUCGUUAUGCCUCGUUCCCCUUGAAAAAUUGGAUUCUUCAUUUUCUGUGAUUUUAACGUAAGAAUUGUUGAUAUCUUUAUACAAAUUUUAUAUUGGCGAAAAAAGUUUUACGAGCUGACGCUUCAUGAAUAUACAAUGAAGAUGCCUUUACAUGUAUAUGAAUAUUCUGAAUAGCAGCGAUACUUGCAGACUUAUUGAAAUUCCACGUUCUUUCACGAAGAGUAUGUUAGUUCAUGUAAAGACACGUAGCUCGGGAAAAGUCUAAAUUUACGUAAUACGAGUUAUUUGUUAGAUUCCGUGUAUACAUUUAUAACAGUUUUAUAAGCAAUCGAUAGAACUAAAAGGGCAUAAUAGGGCCAUAAUAGUAACACUAAAUUGUAUAUAUUUAUAUGAUAUUUUUGAAUAAAAUGUUUCGCAUACACCUGUG